UGAAAGGUCAAGAACAUCUUUUUUUUUUCGGAUAAGAUACGCUCGUUCCUCUUGCCUGCCUUGUACUUGCGACCCGCGUUUCCUCAGUUUUUCCCUGACCGACGCCGAGUCCAGAGCCUACUGCAGCUUUUCCGCCUGCCGUUCUUCUUUUUCUCUCUCUGCCAUUUCGGAUUUCUGCCGACUGACGAGUCGCGGGUGACUCACAUUUUAUUUUGAGAAUGCAGACUGGUUCGUGAUUCGCCACAGCUCUGCAUGAACGCAAACCGUACGAGGUUUAAUCCAUCCCAGCUGUGCAUCUCAGCUGGUGCUCGGCUGUAGAUGCUGGUCAUGAAGAACACAAUCGAACGUGGAUCUGGUCUGCCACUGAAACUGAAGAGUCUAAGGGAUAAGUGGAAAAAGGACAACUGAUGCGUCUGUCUCCUGUCCCCGUCAGCAUUUAUGUGAUCCGUUACCUACCGACGGAGUUUCCAUCUCAGGUUCAAGUUGACAAAAUUCGAUGGCAAUUCGUAGAUUUUCCUCCGCGACCCCUGCCAGUCUGCCGCGACCUUUCCUCGCCAGGUCGUAGCCGUCUCUCGUUUUCUUUUAAACCGUCUUCUCUCUUCCUCGGAGAGACCUGAAGCUCGUCCGGAUGCUGCUCUACGCGGCUGCUCCUGGCCUUUUUUCAGGCGUUUUGUGAGGGGUCGAGUUCCCUCUCCCUCGUUUUCGCUUGUGAUCUCCGCUUCGGUUCGUUCCAGCCGGUCUUAGAGGUUUGCAGUCGCUGUUCUGUCUCGCACUCUUCGUGACUCGAUUCUCGCGUCUCUUUCGAAAUCUAGCGAAGGAUAGACUUUUUUACGCCCCCACUUCAGUUCCUAGCAACUUCUGCGCCAAAGUCGACAGACACUCGACAAGAUGCAAUUCCACAGGCAGGCCUUGCCGCCCUCGCUGGCCGCGUCUUCUCUCCUUCCUCGCUCUUCCCUGUCUGUUCGUCUCCUCUCCCAGAUCUACGAGGACACUCUGGGCGAAGCGUAUGGACUGGAGACUCCCUUCUCGUCGUCCUCGUCGCUCUCCUCGAAACCUUCCUACCGGCCUCUGCUCUACGCAGACUAUGCCGCGAGUGGGCGAGCUCUGAAGAGCGUGGAGGAGUUUCUUCUUCUUCGCGUCCUCCCGCUCUACGGCAACACACACACGCAGGAAAGUGCAACGGGGAAGCAAGCCAAUCAGCUCCUCGAGGAGGCGCGGCACAUUGUGAAGAUGUAUUUCAACUGCAGCCACAAAGACGCGGUGAUUUUCUGUGGAGGCGGAGCGUCUGCGGCGGUGUCCAAGUUCCUGCAAAUUCUGUUGCUCUCUGCGCCGCAUGCAGCUUGCGCAUGGGCUUCCUCGGCUGUCUGUGGAGACACUGGACGUUCGCGGUCUCGGGAACCGGUUUUCUCCUCUUCUCCUUCUUCUUCCUUUCUCUCCACUUUCUUUGCCCUCUUCGAAGAAGAUCGGUGGGGAAGCUUUGUCUGUCGCGCUUGCGGGGCUCGCCUCAAAACCGCUGCACAUGCACGCAGACACAUGCCUGUUCACCCUCAUUUCAAGUUCCUUUCUCCAGUUUCCUCUUCUUCUUCCUCUUCUUCCUCUUCUUCCUCUUCUUCCUCUCCUUCCUCUCCUUCCUCUUCUUCUUCUAAUGUGCCUGCGGGUGUUUGCUGUUCGUCUCGGAGUCCUCUUGCUGCUUCGGAGGUUCCUGAGGGAGAAGCACUGCGUGGAGGGGAGAAGAGGCGCGCGCGCGUCCACUUGCGCAUCCACUUCUUCGUAGAUCCCUGCUGUCACCAUUCUUCCUUUCUCCCCUUCAAGGAGUUAGCCACUGCGUCUGGUCUCGCCUCAGCUUCUUCGCUGCAGGCGUCGAGCGACAGUUCGGUGACAGGGUGUUUUCCAGAAAAAGAGCAAACGAUUUCUACCGAGUGUGCAGAGGGACGUUAUUCGUACCGCGGUGCAGCGGAGAGGCCGCAGGGGCGCCAAACCACGGAGACAGCAGGGACAUUUCGGGAGACACCGGAGCCUCCGGUAGACAUGCACUUUUUCUUCUCUUUCUUCGACCUCGACAUGCGUACGGCGACGCUCGCGCCUCUCUCCGUUUUGGAGAAACUGAGAGAAGAAGAACAGGUCUGCGCACGGUUGAACGAUGCAUGCAGAGAACGCGACUCAACGAGCGCGACGACAGCCAAACAGAACCAUAGCGACAUUGACGGGAAGAGGAGACACGAAGACAUCUACGUCUCUCUCCCGGUCUGCAUCUUCUCCGCCGCCUCCAAUGUCACUGGCCUCAUCAGCCCCACUCUCCCGUCUUCUUCUCCUUCUUCCUCUUCUUCUCCUUCUUUCGCUUCUUCUCCUUCUUUCGCUUUUUCCCCUUUUUCCGCUUCUUCCUUGAGCGAUCGCUCGAAGCUUUCGAUGGCUCAACUGAAUCGGAUCGUUCACCACUUUGGCGGUGUGUCUUGUUGGGACUUCGCGGGGGCGGCUUCGCACAUCGGCGCGGACGUCAACUGGGCCGGCGGAGGCGGGAGGCUGAGACUUCCGGUGGACGGAGGCCGAGUUGCCGGAGGCCGCGAGGGAGUCGAGACAGGCCGCUGUGAACUCCAGACGAGAGAACACAAGCUUUGCGUGGAAAUCGACGAGCAAGGCGCUGGCGCAGAUGUCGUCUUCUUCUCGCCGCACAAACUCCUUGGCGGACCUGGAAGUUGCGGUGUGCUUCUGUUGAAGAAGCAGCUGCUUCUCUCCGACCUGCCGGCGCACCCUGGAGGCGGCUCCGUGUACCUGGUGUCUGGACACAAGGCGGCUGUUUACACACUCGACCGGAGCGAGCACCGGGAAGAAGCCGGGAGUCCGAACCUGCUGGCAAUCGUGCGAGCAGCGGCCGCGAUUCGCGUUCUCCAGCAACUCCCGAUGGACCUCGUGAGGACUCGCGAGGAACUCUGGACACAGAAGUUGCUUCACAGACUCAGUUCGCACCCCAGAAUUCAGAUCGUCGGCGCUCUCCACCCUCGUGUCGGAAUCGUCUCGCUGCUGUUUCGAUACGGCAACGCGAAUCACCCCACUGAACCGACUCACGCUCACACACCGACCGACUGUCGCUGCCUGCGGCGAAACUACGCCUUUGGCGGCGGGCUGUAUCUACAUCAAAACUUCGUCGUGGCGCUGCUGAACGACUUGUUCGGAAUCCAAGUCCGCGGUGGGUGUCUCUGCGCCUCGCCGUACACCUCUUUCCUGCUGUCGAUAGACCCCAAGUUGCUGGAGACGAUCGAGGCGAUGCUCUUGGAGACCGGCCAGGACGUAUUUCGGCCAGGCGUCGUCCGCGUGAGUCUACACGGUCUCAUGCGCACCGAGGAAUUGGACAAGCUCUCUGCAGCGCUUCUCUGGGUCGCCUCGAACGGCUGGAAGCUCAUGCCUAGGUACGAGGUGACGCCCGAGUCCGGACAGUGGCGAGUCAAGGGAUGGGCCGGCCGCCGCGAGGAGGCUGUGCGUACGUGGAUUUCUGAAGCCUCGCUUCUUCCUCAAGGCGACAGUGAAGAGAAGGGAGACCGGACGAAGAACUCAACGGUGUUUGAAGGGACCAUUGCGCGGUGCAACGAAACCAUUGAGGAGAUGUUGAAUUUUGCGAAUCGAGUCUUGUCUUCUCAUCUCUCGCACUUCCACGCCUCCGCGGCGCCUUCCUUUCACCUUCUCCACUUGCCUCCCCAGAACUCGAGCAUGUCCCCCCCACUCGGAGAAAAGAGAUUCUCAGCAGCGACCGCGCCGCUGCAGCACGCACCGCCCGGCCCUGCUCCUCCCAGAGGAGACAGAGGAGACUCGCGAGACAGCGGAGGUUCCCGAGGUUGCGAAGGAGACUCUGGAGAAGCCAGCAGAGACAGCGAAGAGAGCAGAGAACAGCUGACGACUCUGGGCGAAGAACUUCUCCACAGCUCUUCGUCGCCUGCCUGGAAGCCGGCUGCGUCCGCCGCGGAGACAGCGGCGACUCUAGUCUGGUUCGCUCUCCCUGCAGAUGCAGCCUAUUCCAUUUCUCUGUGGUCUCGAGCGGGCGGGAGCCGCGAGACUGACGUACGUGAGAUCUCCACUUCCGAGGUUUCACAGAUCCUCGACGCUCCACACGCUCUGUCUCCCGAGGCCUUGCCUUUCGACCGCGAACUCGCGGACCUCUCGCCCCGAGUCUCCGCCUCGGCGAUCCGCUGGCUCCCGGGAGUCUCUGGCGAGACGCGUACGUCGAACGCCGAUGGCAAAGCCGAGAAAGGUUCUGACGGCAAGAUCCCAGCACUGCAGAGAGCAGAGCACUCCUGCUUCCAGCUGCGUCUCUUCACCGGCGCGAACUGCUGCUCGUGCUGGUCGCAUUCAGACGAGGCGCGGCUGAGGGCAGUGGAGGACGGCCAAGAGGCGCAGGGCGACGCUGCAGAGGUUGCGCAUGCAGAAAAGAAACAGGAGAGCGACACAGUUGAAGAAGGCGACUGGCUACUUGUGUCGGAGAAAACGGAGAACGCGCAGACGGACGGACGGACUGUAGACACUCCUGAGACUUCCGCCGCCGCCGCACAAGUCGAUGACCUCAGGCGGCAGGUUGCGGCUCUCCGAGAGGCGCUGGAACGCGAGAGAGAGAAGAGCGAGAGACUCCGAGAAAAGCGAGAAUACACGGGGAAGAAAGCGAACUCAAACGCGAAACGCGGAGGCCGUGCUGCUCUUGAAACAGAAACGCACGAAAACAUUCACAAGACUGCAGACUCCACACAAGAAGCAAACGCAUGUUCCAAAACCUCCCGUUCUUCUUUUUCUCCUUCUUCGCCUUCUUGUUCAUCUUCUCCACCUUCUUCUUCGCCUUCUUGUUCAUCUUCUCCACCUUCGUCUUCUCCUUCUCCGGCGAGGAGUUUUCUUCCGAUUCUCCAGAUUCCGCGGACGCUGCGGCGGACUGUGGGCGAGGCGAUUCGGAGCUUCGACAUGAUUCGCGACGGCGACCGCCUUUUGGUGGGCGUCAGUGGCGGAAAAGAUUCGCUCACGCUUCUGCAUGUCCUCCGAGACCUCAGGCGACGCGCGCCGAUUCACUUUUCUCUCGCGGCCGCAACUGUCGACCCGGUGACGCCGGAGUUCUGCCCGCAACCGCUGAUCAAGUACAUGGAGGACUUAGGCAUUCGAUACCACUACCUUCGAUUGCCAAUCAUGGCCCUCGCUAAGGAGCGCAUGCAGCGACAGUCCAUCUGUGCCUUCUGUUCUCGCCUGAAGCGCGGCCUUCUCUACUCCUGCAUGCGCAAACACGGAUACAAUGUCCUUGUUCUCGGGCAACAUCUCGACGAUGCAUGCGAAUCGUUCCUCAUGAGCGCCUUUCACAAUGGAGUGUUGAACACCAUGAAGGGCCAUUACGUCAACGCAGAUGGAGAUCUUCGCAUUUGUCGUCCUCUCAUCACAACGCGCGAGAAAGAAACAGCAGAAUUCGCUGCAAGGCAUCGCCUGCCUGUCAUUGCAGAUAACUGCCCUGCGUGCUUCGCCGCGCCGAAGGAACGACACCGCAUGAAGAUGCUUUUGAGUGAACAAGAAAUGGAGUUCCCUCACCUUUUCCAAAACCUCCUCAAGUCUCUGACGCCGCUGCUUGCGAUCUCGGCUGCCGAGAACCGCCCACAAAAGGCUGCAGUAAGGCGGAACCGGAUUCCUGCCGAGGGAAGUUCCAACGAAGCGCGAGAGCGAGGCGAGAAAAGAGAACGAAUGCCGGAUCGAGCUGACGAAGACGCAGCCGGGUCCGUGGAACCUCUUUUCACGACCGUUGAAGACUUUGAAGAGGACUCAGUGGAGACUCUGCUUCGCCACGCUGGCGGCCGAGAAGAAGGCGGCAAGAAGAUGCGGGGGAGAGACCAGUCAGGGGAGUCUGGAGACGCUAGCGAGCUUUCUGGGGAAAAGGAACAAGAAGGCGGAAGCCGAGCGGAAGAAGAAGACGAGGCUGCGGAGCUUGUGGUGACUGCGUGCGGUGUAGGGAGUGAUGGGGUAUGCAGGCGUGUGAAAUCUUAGAGUCGUCCGAGGAGGAAAAUGGAGAAAACGGAUGGACGCACACGGACCGUGGAGAGCGAGAGACUCUUCUGCAAAAAUUGCUGAACUCUUAAAGGCAUUUGCUUGAGAGGCUUGUGAGAAGUGAAAAGGGUCAUGAUUUUGGACGGAUGGGGACAGUCUCCGACGGAGUCCUAACGGAACUCAACGAGGGAGAAGUGGAUGAACCACAGAUGCAAAUACGCAUGCGUGUGGAGUUUGCCACGGGAAAUUCGCGAAAAAUCCCCGAGAACAGAGAAAAGAAGUGAACGGAAAGGAGAGAGAGGUCAGAGGUCGAAAAGGUCGGAACGUUUGCAGAGUGCGGUCGAACGUGUGUGUGUCUUAUCUCGCGUGGAAAACACUCGAAAAGUCCAGCAGCAUGCGCGGGUGGACAAAACGCGAGAUCACUUCACAUGGAGCUGCAAAGAUGGACAAAGAGUACACCUGGUGUAGUUCUUACGGGCAGUGCAUGUUUAGCUGCUAGCGUGAUUUCGGUAACAACACAGUUUGCCCUAACAUCGAGGGAAAGCGGCUGCUUUGCAUAUCGAGUAUUCAAUAUACCUGGCCCUGACCUCGUGUAAGCGUAGAUUCAAUCGGGGCAACAACUGAAGCUACACUUUCUCUCGCACAUCAUAGAAUGGCAUUCCUAGGCUUCGAUAAACUGCAUAUUCCCCAGUGCGAAGAAACCUGCCUCUGUGUUCCAAUCGUGGCUUUCAGUGGCUGUGACCCUGGACGGCGCUUCGCGGGUGUUAAAGCGCGGAAGGCACCGAGGAAACACGGAAGAUCAAGAGCAAGAGAGUCAGCUGAGGAGAUAGGGCAAAGUGGAACGAACGCGAAGGGAAGGACGACGGGGCAGACCCUGUUCGCAUUUUUAUUGAGAGAACGAUCCAACACUCUGAGCAUUCUGCUCUUCUGCGACUCCGUGAUAGGGAGUGCAAGCCCUGAGUUCGUCUGGAAACGGGAGGUUCAUCGCCAGUUAAACACGGCAGCUAUCGGAGCUGUUGAUCGAUGUUAUUUCUAGAGUUUACCUCUUACGACGCUUGGAAGAGCCGACUUGAGAAACUAAGAAGACUAUCGUGAUGAACGCUGGGCUUGGCCAAGUCUGUGAUAUCUGUGUGACGACUUUUCCGACAAGAUGAAGCCGG